AUGCAUAUCUCCUUCGCUUAUCUUGGCUUUGUGCUUGCUGCCUCCGCUGCUGCCAGUCCGCGUCAUUUGGCGCGAACCGAGACAGUUGCUCGGUUGAGCGUUCGUAGUGAAGAACAGGCCGGCGGCGACGACCAUCUCAAGAUGAAGUGCUUUGGUGGCUGUGGUGGAGGUCUUCCUGUUCCAGGGCCCACUUCAUGCUGGAAUGCUCCGGUCGUCUUCCACGGCGGCGGAGGUUUACCACCGAUGAACACCUUCUUUUCAACCGUUCAAAGCUACGCUGUCAUCACAUCCAACACCGUCAACAUCUGGAACGGUGGCCUAGACCCUCAAUCCAUCUUACUUCAGUUCCAAAUCAUGGUGACCAGUCUUUCAACUCUGUUCUCCACUUUACAAGGCGGAUGUUCUUUCCAAGGAAACCCUCAAAUCUUCAUCUCCACUUUUUCCCCGCUGAUCAUUCAAAUCCAAAGCAUGCUCACGAUCAUCAACACUCAAUGUGUUGGUAUUAUCGGGUCCUUCCAAUCCUCCUUUGCCGUCCUAUCUGUCUUGAUCCAAUCGAUCGUCGGUGUUGCAAUCACCUUUCAUGUCGAGGUUCAACAAUUCUUCUCGGCCUGCAACUUCAACCCUCAGCUCUGGUCACCUCUCGGUUUCCCAGUCGAUAGCUGGAUCCACGGAGUUCCAGGUGUAUUCCCCGGAGUUCCAGGUGGAUUCGGUCCAGGUGGUUUCCCAGGUGUUCCAGGUGGUUUCCCAGGUGGUGUGCCAGGUGGUUUCCCAGGUGGUGUGCCAAUUCCAGUACCUGGAGGUGUGCCAGUUCCAGUACCUGGAGGUGUACCAGUUCCAGUACCCGGAGGUGUACCAGUUCCAGUACCCGGAGGUUUCCCAGUUCCAGUACCUGGAGGUCCCAAUGGCUGUUUCCGAUCACUUGGUCUCCUCAGCACCUUACUCCACGUCCUCAUCGUCAUCCUCGACCCUCUCUUCCACGGCCUUGGUGCUCUCUUACAAGGAGUCGGUCUCUUGGUUGCAAACCUUGGAACCGCUGUUGGUGGUCUUCUCGAUGGUGGUCUCCUCGGUUUGAUCUAG